UAAAUAUCAAUCUUCCAAGAAACAAAACAUAAAUCUGUGAAAAAAAGCAAACAUCGGCUGAGCUCCCACAGGGAAACAAAGCGACCGAAGAAGUCAUCAUCAUGCUCUGCCUCUCCAAGCGCUCUCUCUCUUCUCUUCUCCUCCGAUCCGGUUCCGUCGAUGUUACUGCGGCUGUCUCAUGUUCCUCACUCUUCUCUUCCCUGGACGGAGUAGGACUCAGGAAGCUGCAUUCUCCUCCUGCAGGAAACAACACUAUCUUAUUGAGAAAUGGUCAUCUUUCUUGUUCAAAAGAAGGAGUCUUGUUUCCCACUUUUCGACGCUUCAGCGAUGCUAGUGGUGAGACUCCUCCACCUCGCGUGGACCGGGACUUUUUGGCUAAGCUAUGGGUUUCAGAUAUGAAAAAGCUAAAGGAGAGGGAGAAGCGAUUUGGGAAAAAAAAAGCUUCUACUAAGCAUAGAGUAGACUAUCCCGAGGAGGAUGCAGCUUAUGAGCAAUCUUCUUCCCGUUACGAGCCUACCCGGCAGCAACCACCUGUUAGCCAGUCUAUGUCUGGUCCUCUCAAGCCUAAAACUUCAGAUGAGGCCAAAAUUGCGACGCUGCUUGCUCGGUCUAAUUUGUUGAUUACAAGGGACAUUGAAUGGGCAAAUCUGGUUCUUGGUUUCGAACAGGAAAAUCGCUAUGCUGUAGUUGAUGUUUGCUAUCCUGAGGCGCCUGUGGGGUCUAUCCGGGAGCAAAGUCAUGUAAUUAUGCGGCAGCUGCUUCGUACCCGGCGACCAUUUGUUGCUUCCAUAACUGAUGCUUUGGGUAACGAGCUUUUCCGGGUUCGUAGACCUUUCUGGUGGGUCACAAGUUCAAUAUAUGCUGAGAUUGAUGGAGAGGAAAUUGGUGUGGUUCACCGACGAUGGCAUCUAUGGAGAAGAAUUUAUGAUUUAUACCUCGGUAACGAGCAGUUUGCAGUGGUGGAGAAUCCUGGGUUUUGGAACUGGACAUUCACGGUGAAGGAUGCUGAUGGAGAAGUGUUGGCCCAAAUAGAUCGUGACUGGAGGGGUUUCGGCUUUGAGAUAUUAACAGAUGCUGGGCAGUAUGCAAUAAGAUUUGGAAAAUCUGAUGCUGCAUUCCAAAGUGGCCCUGCUAAAAUGAUAGAAGAGCUACUUGUGAAACGGCCAUUGACCUUGUCGGAAAGAGCUGUUGUUGUUGCUCUUGCUAUUUCUCUAGAUAAUGAUUACUUUUCAAGACAUGGUGGCUGGGGUAUCCCGUUCAUGGCUGUGGGCGAGUAGGUUAGGUUUCAGCUUUGUCUUUUGGCACUUGAGAGCCCUUGUGUUGUGUUUCUCUAUUAUCUCUCGUUUCAACUCUCUUAUGAAUAUGAUAUAACUUCGGUUUAUUUGUAUAAUGAUGAUGAUCGUUUUGGAA